UUUGCGGACCCAUCGGCACGACGACUCCGACAGGAACAAGAGGCCGAAAACCGGACACAGGCAUUCUUCGCUGACGACCAGAUACAGAACCUUGCUGAUCUCUUGCUGUCAGAAACUAAAAAAGGAGCACCUGCCCGUGGGCUUCAGGGUGGCCGAAGUCAACGUUGAAAACGUGACAGUGAUCAGCAUAAGAAAGGAGGAAGUUAGAGAACCGGCUGGCAUGCCCGUUAUAACCCACAACAUCACCAUAUACGACGACCUUCGCUUCAAGCUGCACUGCCAAGGAACUGAUGUUUCGGUCAAGACAGUCUCUGAUAUCUGCUGCGUGCCUGGAGCGUUUUCAUCAGUGUCAGAAGUGCUGACCGUGAUUGCACGUCUGAAGAGUGUCACUGUGACAGUUGCUGCUCGUCUGUCGGCAGCCGCGACGCUCCUCGACACAAUCGCCGAGUCCAGCGAUGGCGAUGUCUGCCCAGUAGUUUGGAGGACUCUCGUCAAAGAGCAGAGCAGCAGGCAGCGUCUGUUCGGCAGCAACCUGCCGCGAGCAGUCUUCGUGAAUGUGGUGAGUGAAGUCAUCACAUCGGCCGAGAACGUGACUGUCUCAGACAUCAGCUGUGAAGGAGGCCACUGUCUUGCAACUGUAGUAUCGCGUAUGGCAGGCUCCCUAUUCAAUUUGUUUGCCAGCAACAUGGUCAGGGACGCCAACAGCCGUCUACACGGAAAAUGGAAGCGUUCCACAGACCCCGGCGCCAGUACCAGUAAGGAGAGAUGCUCUAGGGAAGACCAGAAGCGCCGCAAGUUAAGUGGGAGUAAGAAGACUUAGGACCAGCUCGGCUCCACUGCAUCUGCAGGCGCUGACUGACAGCGUUAUCUAGUGG